UCUAAUUCUUUUUCCAGUUGCCGAUAUUCAGACAUUUUUUCGAGUCAUGUUUAAUUUGAGUGUUUCCGGUAUUUUGUUAACAGUUUUUGUAAUUUCAACGAUUGCAAACGACACCUGCCCCGUAUUCUUAACCCUGUCGUCUCUAUCCAGACACAUUGAAGAUGCUUCCGUAGUGAUCAAUUGGGGUCCCGAUUGUGAGUCGCCUCCAGAUUGGAUUGGGCUCUACACAAAAAAUCCAGCCUUUUCGGAUGAUCCACCAGUGCUAAAAAUCGAAGUCAACGGUCGAAAGAAUGGUGAAGUUAUUACGAAUCAAAAGUUCGGCAAGCAGCGACUUCCCGGAGGAUGGAGCUACGACGAAGUCUUGCGGCACAUCCCGAAGCGUCGGGCGAAGCCUCUGUGCUUUGACAUAUACCUUGUCAGUUAUAAUCACCUCAACAAGCUGCAAAUCUUCGAUUGCUUAAAAAUCCAACCGAACUGGAUGUUCACGGAAAAGAGCAUUGGGAAUGUGUCGUUGAAGGACCUUUUCCUGCCCGGAACCCACUGUUCUGCAUGCUACCAAACUAAGGCCAAUGCCAACAACAAUCUGCUGAAGAAGGUCGGGUUUCAUCAGGAUUUGGAUAUUUGGACUCAGUUGGUGUUUGGAGUUCGUUAUUUGGAUUUCUCCAUCGGAUACCAUCCUUACCACAACAGCACCCGUAACUUUUGGGUCAUGAACGAGGGUUACCGCGUUGGUUGGAUACUACCGAUUCUGCACGAUAUUCGCCGAUUUGUGAUUCUCUCCGAGGAAACAAUUGUUCUAGACUUUCGUCGAUUCCCCCUUGGAUUCCACAGCCACCCGGAGCAGCAUGCCGAAUUUUUGUCCAUUUUGGACCAGGAGCUUGGGGACCUGGCUUACCGGCGACCAUACUUUGAAAACGCAGACGACGAUCAAACCGUUUCGUACCAUCUGACAAUCGAAGACAUGCGUCGCCAGGGCAAAUACAUCCUCAUCACGUACAAUCACGCUGCCAGUCUGAACGAUUCCGACCUUAUCUGGGCACCGUGGACGAAAUAUUCGAGUUCCUCUCUGAAGCACACCGAGUUGGGCCAGUUCAUGAAUAAAUUGUUCUCCCAAAAGCAUCCGGACGCACCGAAAAACAUUGGAUGGAGCUUUCAUGGCGUCCAAGGCUACCAAAGCAGUUCAAGCUCCGAGGAGAUUUACCUGAUGCCCAAGGAACGUGCCAAUCUGACCAACCCAAAACUGAUGCGGAUGCUCGGGGGUCCUUGGAGUUUGCGGGCAAAUGCCGUCCUGUUGGACUUUUUCACCAACACUAAUCUGAUCGAUAUGGCGGUACACACGAAUCGAUACAAAACACUCAAGAGCAUGGGCGACGAAGUCAUCGUGCUGGAUAUUCAGUAAAAUGCAUUCUAUUUCACGUAUAUUUAUUAAGAGCACAUUCCAUACAUGUUUCAUUUGAAUAAGAGCAGAAUUUCAAAAGUUUAUAUUUAAUUGCAGUGCUAAUAUUAAUUGAAUAAAAUAAUUAUUUAGAAUCAAGA